AUGAAAUUAUUAUUCACAUUAUUAGUUCUUUUAUUUAGUGUUUCAAAUUGUUACGGACAAAGUUCCUCAAGCUCAUCUUCAUCUGAAGAAUGCCCUCCUUACUAUUCUGGUCCCACAUGCUCAGUUUUAACACCCCAUAUUUCAUUUUAUCAGGCUGCUAAUCCAACUGGUGGGUAUGUUACUUUUUAUGGGUACUUUGGUGAUGAUCUAUCUGGUUUAUCAAUUAAAAUUGGGGAUAAUACAUGCUAUCCAUCAUGGUCCAUUUCCUCAUCAAGAAUUGAAUGUGGGGUAGAUCCACUAAACCUAUAUGAAUUUUAUGAUGUUGAAAUUACAACCACAAACGGAGUAAACAUCUUUAAAGAGGAUUUUUAUUCACCUUAUAUCGAUGAUUGUGAACAUGGUAAUUUUUAUAUGGGAACAUGUAUAUGCACAACUGGUUAUGAAGGUCAACUUUGCAAUGUAAUGAAAUCACCAUAUAUUACAAGUAUUUCAUCCACAUCAGUCGAUGGAGGUGUAACUACUAUUGAGGGUUGGUUCACCACAUCUCCAGAAAACUUCUCUCUUUUUAUUGGGGGAAAAAAAGUUAUUAUUAUUAGUUCCCAAUCUACAUUUAUUACAGGUUAUGCCCCACAAGGUACAGGGACACAAGAUGUUACAAUCUUUGGCUCAAAUAAUCAAUUAGUAUUUACUGGUUCUAAUUUAUUUACUUAUGACCCAAAUAUGUGUUUUAAUAAUUGCUUUAACAAUGGUGAGUGUAAUAACGGUGUUUGCACUUGCAACUAUCCAUUUGUUGGCGAUUUCUGUUCACACACAAAAGAUAGCUCAUGCCAAUGCUCCUAUGAUUAA